CAAGUCCCUAGCUCGCUCGAGCGUCUACACUCUAGACUAGACCACGAACUUUCGCACUUAACAAUGGCCAUUUUUGCUUCUUGAAUGACAGAGAGCAGUACUUGGACUAGUCGCGGCCAAAUUUGCGAUAAAUCCUUCGUCCUUAGACCAGCACUACCCAAGUUUUCUCCCGCCGCUUACCAAAUGGAAACCAUCUUGUUCAAGCUCUCUCUUCUAAUCCUCAGUUCCCUCUGUCUCAAACUUGUCCGCUGCGAUGGAGCGGAUCGAAUCACUCCAACCCGUUCACUUUCCGGCGACCAAACGAUCGUCUCGGCAGGAGGAGUCUUCGAAUUGGGUUUCUUCAAGCCUGGGAAAUCAGGAAAUUACUGCGUAGGGAUUUGGUACAAGCAAGUUUCUCCAAGGACGGUAGUUUGGGUAGCAAACAGAAACAGUUACUCCCCUCUUCCCGACAGGUUCUCUGCCGAGCUCAAGAUUACCGAUUACGGAUACCUGGCUCUACACGACGGCUCAAAUCGAGAAAUUUGGUCCACCGGUAUGGUGGACAGGAAUUUCCGCUACGCAGAAGCUGUGCUUCUGGAUGAUGGAAAUCUCGUCCUAACGUCAAAUGGGUCUUCUCCAAUUUCCCCAAAUCAAUCGCUUUGGCAAAGCUUUGAUCACCCUGGAGAUACCUGGAUCCCCGGUGGCAAGAUUGGGUUCAACAAGGUUACGGAGCAAGAUAUCUCUCUGACCUCGUGGCGAAACAGAGAAGACCCUGCUACAGGCCCCUUCUCACUCAAGCUGGGGCCAAACCGGUCACUCGAGCUCCGGAACAUGUACACGGCUUUCCGGGCGAGCGAAUCUUUCUCUGGGCGUGUUUCCGGCUCCAUUUCGGAGAUGAAAUUGAAGCUCAUGAGCCUUUCUUAUGUGGAUAAUAGGAAUGAGAGCUAUUUAACCUACUCUCAGUACAACAUCUCCCAGCUGGCUCAACUUGUGGAGGAACCUAAUGCCUUGAUUAAGCAGCUGUACGAGUCCGGGUACAAUGGCUCUUUGUUCUCACGGUAUGUUGUGGAUGUACGUGGGAAGCUUCAGCUGCUCGCCUGGCAGGAAUCCACCAAGCAAUGGCUAUUAGUUUGGUCGCAUCCUAGAUCCCAAUGUCAAGUCGAUGGUUAUUGUGGUCCGUAUGGGAGCUGUAUGGGGGAAUCCAGUCGUUCCCCCUGUCAAUGUUUGACAGGGUUUGUUCCCUUAUCUCAGGUUGAGUACAGUUCUGAGGUCUUUUACCGUGGCUGCUAUAGAAGCUCGCCACUUGAGUGCAGGAAACCUGAUUGGUUCUUGCCUAAUUACAAUGUGAAAUUGCCUGAUAAACCUGAGACGGCAGUUGCUGGAAGUCCAAAGGAUUGCGAGGCGGCUUGUUUGAGAUCUUGUAGCUGUACAGCUUAUUCCCACAGUGGAGACCAAUGCUUCACUUGGUAUGGGGUUCUCAUGAAUUUGCAGCAGGAUGUCCCAGGUGGGCAAACGAUCUUCAUUAAACUUGCAGGUUCCGAUUCUAAAUUCCCAAGUUCGGAGAACAAGAAAAGGGUUAUCAUUGGUUGCGUGGUGGGUUCAGUGAUUGUGUUGUUGGCAAUUACUGUAUCUGUAGUAAUCGUUAGAUUGAGAAAGAAGAGAAAGGCUGAACCUGGAAAGGUAAUGGAAGGGUCUUCAGUUGCUUUUACCCAGAAAGAGUUAAAGAUUGCUACAAGGAAUUUCACGGAGAAGUUGGGAGAAGGAGGGUUUGGUUCUGUUUACAAAGGGACACUGCCUGAUUCCAGUGUUGUAGCAGUGAAGAAGCUGGACGGCGUCAGCUUCAGCCAAGGUGACAUGCAUAAGCAAUUCCUUGCAGAAGUCAGGACCCUUGGUACCAUCCAACAUAUCAAUCUGGUUGGUUUGAGAGGUUUUGCUAGUGAUCCUACUAGAAUGCUUUUAGUCUAUGACUAUAUGCCCAAUGGUUCGUUAGCUUCCCAUCUGUUCACGGGAGAAGAUGCAAAGACUUUAGAAUGGAAGACACGGUACAACAUCGCACUAGGAACGGCCAGAGGGUUAGGUUACCUACAUGAGAAGUGCAGGGAAUGCAUAAUCCAUUGCGACAUCAAGCCAGAUAACAUACUUCUAGACUCUGAAUUCAUACCCAAAGUGGCGGAUUUCGGCAUGGCAAAGCUCUUCGGGAGGGACUUCAGCAGGGUUCUGACAACAUUUAGGGGAACAAUAGGAUACCUAGCACCUGAGUGGCUUUCAGGGGAGGCCAUUACAGCCAAGGCUGAUGUUUACAGCUACGGGAUGAUGCUUUUUGAGCUAGUAUCAGGAAGGAGAAACUCACAACAUACAAGUACAGGUCAUUACUUUCCAACUUGGGUAGCAACUGUUGUAAAUGAAGGCGGGAACGUGCUAGAUCUAUUGGACCCUAGAUUGAAUGGGAAUGCUGAUAUUGAAGAGGUGGGAAGAGUUUGCAGAGUUGCUCUAUGGUGCAUCCAGGGUGACGAAAGUCACAGGCUGACAAUGAGCCAGGUCGUGUAUGUUCUUGAGAAGAUUUUGGAAGUGAACAUUCCUCCGAUUCCAAGAAUUCUCCAGACAUUUACUGAUCUAGAUUCUAAUGGCCAACAAUUCUGGAUUUCUCGGUAGAUUUGAAAGCUCUUAUCUUUGUUACGGUGUGGAGCCGCCAUGAUCCUUCUUGUUAUCCAGCAUUGAUUUCUUAUCCAACUCGAUGUCACCAUCGUUUUGGUAAACCAUGGUGAUAUCAGCAAAAUUGUACCUGUUUGGAAGGGAGGAAAAGCAGCACGCAUGGGAAUUAGGGUCGGAUAGAUAGAGGAUGCUCCAGCCUCAAAUCAGAAACUCUGACUCUUGUGUAACGUGUCCCCAUUAACAUGCAAAGCUUCGCCACGUGCCGGAACAUGCCGCCAGCAACCUCCAGUCGACGAUCGAGUAUCUCGCUGUCUCUCGUCCGGCCACCGAGCUCUGGCUCGUAACUCACUCCACUGUCUUUCUCACUCUCUUUUUCCGAUAUCUCUCGUCUUCUUCCUUUCGGGCUGCCAUCAUUUCGAUCCUCAUAGCCAUUGGAAAGCUUUUCGUCAAAAGCCAAUUGCAGACUCGGUAUAAUACACAGAGUAACUGGAAAUCGAAACAUCGGCCCGUGACAAUUACCAAAGAGAAGUGAUGUUGAGCUUAUUAUCGUACGAGACGGUUGGCGAAAAUGUGUCUCCUGAGCACCCCCAGGUUGUCCCCAUUACGAUUUUCGUGGCAGUGCUGUGCCUCUGCUUGGUCAUUGGCCAUUUGCUCGAAGAGAAUCGUUGGGUUAACGAGUCCAUCACCGCCAUCUUCAUCGGAGGCUUAACUGGAAUCCUGAUCUUGGUCUUGCGGAAGGGGCAAAGUUCUCACCUUUUGAGGUUCAGUGAGGAGCUCUUCUUCAUUUACCUCCUUCCCCCCAUCAUCUUCAAUGCCGGAUUUCAGGUUAAGAAGAAGCAGUUCUUUCAGAACUUCAUAACCAUUAUGCUGUUUGGGAUUGUUGGGGUUUUCAUCUCAACAGUCAUUAUAUCCCUAGGCAGCUGGUGGCUGUUUCCUAAACUUGGAUUCCUCGGUCUAGCGCCGCGAGACUACCUCGCUAUAGGAACCAUAUUUUCGUCGACCGAUACAGUGUGCACCCUGCAGGUUCUUCACCAAGAUGAAACACCUUUGCUCUACAGCAUAGUGUUUGGGGAAGGAGUAGUAAACGAUGCAACAUCAGUUGUUCUGUUCAAUGCUGUUCAGAAGAUGGAUGUCAGCAAGAUCAACUCCCAAACAAUACUCAGUGUCAUUGGAGAUUUCCUCUACUUGUUCUCCACCAGCACUGCUCUUGGAAUCGGUGUUGGCCUCCUCACUUCACUUGUGCUUAAAACACUCUACUUUGGGAAACACUCAAGCAUACGUGAACUCGCCAUGAUGGUAUUAAUGGCUUAUCUAUCUUACAUGCUCGCCGAGCUGCUUGAACUAAGCGGGAUUCUCACUGUUUUCUUUUGUGGAAUCAUCAUGUCGCAUUAUUCUUGGCACAAUGUGACGGAAAGUUCCAGGAUCACAGCCAGACAUGUUUUCGCCAUGUUGUCCUUUGUCGCCGAGACGUUCAUAUUUCUCUAUGUGGGCAUGGAUGCUUUUGACAUCGAGAAGUGGAAGAUGACUAAAUUGAGCUUAGGGACUUCCCUUGGGAUCUAUAGCUCAAUAGUGUUUCUGAUAUUGGUGGGGCGUGCUGUAUUCGUGUUUCCACUCUCUGCAUUUUCCAACUUCAUGAACAGACGCAAAACAUCCCCGCUCACCUUCAAACAGCAAACUGUUAUUUGGUGGGCUGGCCUAAUGAGAGGUGCUGUCUCUAUCGCUCUUGCUUUCAAACAGUUCACCUAUUCUGGCGUCACGUUGGAUCCUAUCAAUGCAACAAUGAUCACCAACACCAUCAUAGUCGUUCUCUUCACUACAUUGGUAUUUGGUUUCUUGACGAAGCCCCUGGUAAAUUACCUAAUCACACACCGAAUGAGAAACCAGAACAAUCGUGGGGGUGGGAGUGGAGGAGAACAACCAAGGUCCCCAAAAGACGAUGUGGUGCUUCCUUUGCUGUCCUUUGACGAAUCUGCAUCUGCUAACAUGCAAAUCGCAAGGGAGAGUUUCUCCUUGUUGAUGGACAGGCCGGUAUACACCAUCCAUCACUACUGGAGGAGGUUUGAUAAUGCCUACAUGAGACCCAUUUUUGGUGGCCCUCGGCACAGCCGAUCAGAAUGCUGAGUUUCUACCGCCACUACUGCUCUUUCUCUCUCUCUCUCGCUAAAGUCUCGGCCAUUUCUUCAUCGAAGAAUACCUGAAUCGCCUCAAGGCAGCCUAAGGGUAGGGGAGAAAGGGGUGUGUUUAUUUGAGUUGGUGCCUAGACUAUGCAUGUACAAAACACUAAAUGCAGAUGUCGAGUAUAGUAGAGAUUGUGUAUGGAAUGGAAGGAAUGUAGUAAUGUUCAAGUUUUGGAAGUUUUGAUGGUGGAAGCUACUAUCUGAAUGUAAAUUAUUUAAGAGAACUCUCAACAAACAUUUUUUGUGAAAAAUGGAGCUUCCUUCAUUAAAGCAAUACAUUGUUCCAGAAAUCAUCAAAGUACAAGAACAAACUUCAGACUACUAAAACCAAGUCACAGAAAGGAUCAUUCCCAAAGCUGAAUCCCAGGUCCCUGAAUAGUCCAAGUCUCCUUACUAGUAGACAUCUUCAUUCAAGGCGAUUUGCAUUCUGGUGGAGUCUUGAGGCCACAUUUCUCAGGCAAAGCAAGGGCACGAGCGGGGUCGAUUCCAAAUGCUGGGAGGAAAUCCUUGAACAUGCAUAGGCAUGGCAAGUUGGAACGUUUGAUCAUCUUGCAGCAGUCGUAGGUGGGGCGCGGGGGUGAUUCUCCGGUGACAGCAGGGCGGCAGACAAUGAGCUGGGACGGAUCAACCCGGCAAUCACUGUUUAGCCUGACAGCGGCUGAACUACCACCACCUGAGCCUCCAUCUAUCACAGUAGCUGCAGGCAGUGCUAGCACUACUACAAGCACAAAAAAGAGCGCAAGAGCUUUGAGGUCGGCCAUAGUCCUGCUUCCUGAUGUAGGGUUUUGAGGAGUGUAGGCUCUGUAAUUUAUACAAAGCAGGCAAAAAGGGUUGCAGUUUGGUUACCCCUUGAGUUUUGUUUAAUUGAAGCCAAAUGGAAUAUUAGUAGUAGUGUCAUGUGCUCACCAGUUUGUUGCAGGGAGUCACGGGAAGGAUGAACAACAUUAAACUAAACAGUUCCCGUGAGGUAGAACGUUAAAAAAUAAAGCAUAAGCAACUAGAUUAAGAUUUAUAAACUGGUGACCCGACAAAGCGAGCCGAAACACUAAGCUCCUCGGAUACCUCACACAGUCACACACAUGUUAAGAGGAUCCUUUUCGACAAGCUAUUGAGGUUAUCUACAGCCUAC